GAAAAACUACAUUGAUCAAAGCCUUGACUGGGGAAGCAGGACUUCAACCCAGAGAUCAGCUGUUUGCCACUCUUGAUAUCACAGCCCAUGCUGGCUAUCUGCCCUCACAUAUGGCAGUGAUUUAUGUUGACACCAUUGGGUUUCUGACUGAUCUUCCACAUAAUCUGGUUGAGUCCUUUUCAGCUACAUUAGAAGAAGUGGCUUACUCGGAUCUGAUAGUUCACGUGAGGGAUGUUACUCAUCCAGAAAAUGUCCUCCAGAAAGCAACUGUUCUAUCAGUUCUGAAGAAUCUUAAUCUUCCCAGCCAUUUAUUGGACUCAAUGGUAGAAGUUCAUAACAAAGUGGAUUUGAUAGAAGGGUAUAAACCCACUGAAGAAAAUGCUGUAGCUAUUUCUGCUCUACAUGGGCAUGGUUUAGAAGAACUGAAACAAGAAAUAGAGAAGAAAAUACUGACAACAACAGGGAAGAAGAUUCUGACAAUUAAUGUCAACUUAGAGGGACCUCAGCUAAGUUGGCUCUAUAAAGAAGCAACAGUUCAGGAAGUGGAAGUGAUGCCUGAAGACGGCACAGCCAGGGUGAAGGUGAUAAUUGGCAGCUCUGCUUUUGGCAGAUACAAAAACCUCUUUCCCAACAGUAAGAUUUUUCUGUCAUGAAACUGCAUCCUUUUCUAGGAAAAGAAACUGGUCUCGUUAAGAGGAUGUGAAAUGAAGUUAACGACCUGUGAGUCUCAGGGUUGAAGAGUUUGUUUUUCUUCCUCCGUUGAUGUUUUUGAGGCAUUUUAGAAAUGGAC